CGUUAAAACCGCCCUCUCUUUCUCUCUCUACUCUGUAUAUAUACGAACUUGCGUUUCCCGGUGAUUCCACAACACCACAGAAAAGAAAACCUCGCAACCUCUCUUAUGAUUUUUCCGUCAAAGAUUUUCUCAGGAAAAUCUCCAAGAAAGUUUACGAGAAAAUAAUAAAUGUAAUCAGAGGAAGACAUACAGAAAGAGAGAGAGCUCUUCAUUUAGGAGUAUUUGCUUUUAGUUUAUGGUUUUUUCCUUCGGUCGAUGGUGAUUUUAGGUAAAGAUAGAGAUGGAGUAGCAGAGAAGUUGACGGCGAUGGGACCGGAAAGAUCGAAGCCUCUGCACAAUUUCUCGAUGCCGUGUUUGAAGUGGGGGAAUCAGAGGUUCUUGAGGUGCGUGAAAGUGAAUUCAAAUGGCGAUGUUUCUGCCGUUGAUCGCAGAUCUUCAGCUCCGGCAGUGGAUAACGGCGUGAUCGGAUGGCGGAGGGAGUCCGAAUCGGAGAAGCGUGGAUCGAUCAUCCGAACGGAGAGUUUCAAGAAGUCGCCGUCGCCGGCGGCGAAUGUUGGGGGUUCCGGAAGGAAAUCGGAGGCCGAGAGCGGCGGAGAUGACGGAAUCGAGGCGAUUAGGACGAAACUGAUGUUCGAUCUUCAGACAGCGGCGGAUAAGAUGAAAGUCGCAAUUUUGAGGGAAGGUUUGGAGGACGAACCGCCGGCGGCGGCGGCAGCGGCGAGGCCGUGGAAUUUGAGGACUAGAAGAGCUGCGUCGAAUGGAAUGGGCGGCGGUGGAGGGAAGAGCUUGAAGGUUGAUGAUCGGAGACCUAAUUUCUCACCGUUGAGGACUGAAAACAGGUCGCCAAGAUCGAGAGGUGUCGCCGCUCCGACCACCGAGAAAGAAGAGAGACCAAAAUUUUCCGUUUCGCUUUCUCGGCGAGAGAUUGAGCAUGAUUUCAGGGAGAUGGUGGGACAUCGGCCGCCUCGAAGGCCAAAGAAGCGGGCUAAGAUUGUUCAGAACCAAGUGGAUUCACUUUUCCCAGGCUUGUGGUUGACGGAGAUUACAGCUGAUUGUUACAAAGUUCCUGAUGCUCCUGAAAGUGGAAAAAAGUAGUAAUGGGAAGAUUUGCUGCUGUCUCUUGAGAUUGGUGGUUCUUUUCUGUUCUUGGAAAAUUGGUAAAUUGUGACCCUCUUCUAAGUAGUGCUAUACUGCACCAUCUUUGUGAAUUGGAAAUUUGAUGAAGUGUUGAAUUUCCUGGUUACACGCCCGUGUGUAAUCGCAGUCCCUUGAAUGUUAAUUUUUUUUAGUUUUAAUUACAUUGUUCAUAUUUAUUUCUGGUUAUUUGAAUAAGUCUAUACAGAGAAAAGAUGGGAGGAUGAUGUUAGAUGGAUGGUAAUGUCUUCCACUUUGAGCUUCUUUUACUUAGUAUACCGCGCAUUACUGUGCGUUUUUUGUCAAUGAAUAUCAUUUUUCAUCUUUUAACAGUUUGUGGUUAUUUGUGUGUUCAAUCUUCAA